AUGCAGAAAUCAAGCUCAUCUUCUACCAUCUCUGCCCAGCAGCUACAGAGGCAAGAGGGGCUGAGAAAUACCAAAACAGACUUGGCUGAGCAGAAUUUCAUCUCAUCUGAGAAAUGGCUUCAACUGCAUGGGCUUAAGAGCAACAAAUUGACCUUGAAACAGAUUUUGUCACAGAUCGGAUUCCCACAUUGUGAAGAUUAUGUGACAUCUCUGGGGAGACUUGUGGCUUCUCGGUAUGCUGAUGGCCUGUUUCCACAGCUCUGUAGAGCAGAAGAUGGCAGAGUCUACAAUCUGACAGCUAAGUCAGAAUUGAUCUAUCAGUUUGUGGAAUAUUUAACACAAGCCGUGGAGAGCUACAAACAGCGGAUGGAAUGGCUCACCAGCAGAAGCCGGCAGAUUUUUGGUGUCAUCUUGGAACAGUGCAUCACCAUAGUGCUGGAUUUUGGUGGCAUUCUGGAGGGGGAGGUUAAUUUGUGCCAAGAUGCACUAAUCAUGGUCCUCCAGGAGCAGGUGGCUCACAUAACCAAGUUCAAUAUCAUACGGGUUUCUCAAGAGCCUGUGAAAUGGCAGGAAGAUGCUACUCCUGUGACUGAACAGUCCAUAGCCGCUGCCAUCAGCUGGGUUGAGACACUGACUUUUGAGGUGACUGUGAGUGAAGUUAGCCGCUUGCAUGCUCUGCUGGAAGCCGGGAAAGACAAAGCCAUCGAAUCCAUUUACUACUUUGUGGUGGGGGACGUUCCUGAAGAAUCCAAGGAGCUUCUCCUCCAGAGGGCUUUGGAGAUCCCAUAUCCAAUCUACACAGUGUCCUUCAAUGCCAGAGGAGAAGGCACUAUAGCCUUCCUGAAGGAUUUGAGUGCCAAAACCCAUAGCAGAUUCCACGCAUUUGCCGAGAGAACAGACUGUGCAGAGUUUCCUGCAUUUCCCGCCAAGGAUGGCGACAGCGUGAUUACUGGGAAUUCAAGGAAACUGAAAGGAAAACUCCCUCCAGGAGCUGGAGUCAGAGAGGACGUGUUUCUCAUCUGGAGGGAGAUGGAGGAAGCCUGCAGCACGCUAGCCCAGAUCCAGAGGCUGGUGGCCGAGCGUCCCAAGUCCAACAUGGCUCCAGUAGAUUGUGAGUCAGGAGCAACCGCUGUCAAGAUUGAGUCACAGCCAGAAGACACCUGGGACUCUAAGAAGUGGCUACAGAAAUAUGGCUUGAAGGCCCAGAAGCUGUCACUUUAUGACGUCCUAGCUGAUUGCUCCUUCCGCCACGCUGAUGGGGUUGUUGAUAUAAAAGCCAAACCAGAGAAUGAGUCCGUGCAGACCAGUGCGGAGACCAAAAAGAAGACUGUCCAUGCAAAAUAUUGCAGCAGGUUUGUGCACGCUCCCUGGAAGGAUGGGAGCUUGGUCCACGUCAGCAUUACCAAGGAGAAAUGCAAAUGGUACAGUGACAGAGUCCAUGUGGUCCUGGCUCGGAUCCAAAAGAGGAUUAAUUGGCUACAGGAUGGGAGUCAAAUCCUCUUUGGAAAAGUGCAUAAUGAUUGUGUCUAUGUCCUCAUUGAUACAUCUCACUCAAUGAAGAGCAAACUGGACUUGGUGAAGGACAAGAUCAUUCAGUUCAUACAGGAACAGCUGAAAUACAAAAGUAAAUUCAAUUUUGUGAAGUUUGAUGGCCAAGCAGUUGCUUGGCAGGAAAAACUUGCUGAAAUCAAUGAAGAAAAUUUGGAACGGGCUCAGUCCUGGAUUAGAGACAUUAAGGUUGGAAGUUCCACAAACACGCUGAAUGCCCUGAAAAUUGCUUUUGGUGAUAAAGACACACAAGUAAUCUAUCUUCUGACAGAUGGGAGACCUGAUCAGCCACCUGAAAUGGUUAUAGACCAAGUCAAAGGUUUUCAGAAAAUUCCUAUUUAUACCAUCUCCUUCAAUUACAAUGAUGAGAUUGCAAAUGGAUUUUUGAAAGAGCUUGCUUCUUUGACUGGAGGAGAAUUUCAUUCUUACAGUUUUGGUUGCAAGGAUCCCAGUCCUCCAGAGACUGUGCAGAAUGAAGAUCUGACUCUUUUAGUUAAGGAAAUGGAGCAGGGGUACAGUGACCUGGAGAAGGUGCAAACCCUUUAUUCCGACUCCUUGAUCAUGGACUGGUGGUACAACGGAGAAAAGGAUGCGGACAGCAAGCAUCAAAAGGAAAUCUGUUCUAUGGUUUCAACCCCAGAAAAAUGUGCGAAGGAUCAACCUGAUGUCGAAUCAACACAAACCUCAUCCCUAAAUAUGUUGAAAGUACCAUGGAGCCUUUCAAAUCAAAAGAUUCAGAAAAAGAAAGUCCUUCAUGCAGAAUCAACCAAAACCAGCCUGCUCAGAAGCCAGAUGUCUACCCUCAAGAGCUCAGCUUGCAGUGAAGGGAAGGACCGCCUCUCCAACUUGAGCAGCUGGAACACUGCUGCAAGUGACAAAGAAAUGAGCAUCUUGGUGACAAAGGAGUGUCUGGACGACAAGUCCUCAGAAAGAAGCCACGUUUAUGACCACGCUUCUUCAGAUAUGUCUUCAGAAAACUGGCUCAAGACCCACGGCUUAGUGGCCAAGAAACUCACGAUCACGGACAGCCUUUCGGUGACCGCAGUCCCCCACAGCCCCACCUGCAUUCCCAUUCUGGACAAGCAUGAUGUUUCCAAGGUCUUUGAUGAGGAGUUCCCUCUGGCACACGUGUGCAACAACACAAAUAAGAUGACAUUAGUUAACCCCCAAGGAGUCCAGCUCAAUAUCUACAGGGAAAAAGUGGAACAGGCAAUUAAGUCCUAUGAAAAGCGCUUGAAUAAAAUCGUUUGGCGAGCAUUAUCUCAAGAGGAAAAAGAAAAGUUAGAUGCAAACAAGCCAAUACAGUACCUGCAAAACAAGGCAGCUUUAAACCAAGCAUUAGAACGGUUGAAUUGGCCCAUUUCGUUGAAAGAGUUAUCAAUGCUGGAAAAUGAAAUUCUAGCUGGAAAAAAAUACAUUCAUCAGGCCAUGGAACUCCAGGAAGCUGCCAAGAAGAAUUUUGUGAACAAGGCAGCGGGAGAGCAGCAGAAAUUGCAAGGAAAUUCAACAAAGAAAAUCAAAUCCAAAAAACCAGACCACCUCAAAGGCCAGAAGGUUAUUGCAAGAUGUGAUGAAAAUGGCUUUUAUUUUCCAGGGGUUGUGAAGAAGUGUGUGAGCCCCACCCACGCACUGGUGAGCUUCAGGUAUGGAGACACCAAGGUUGUGCCCACCUCGUUCAUCACGCCUGUGGGGGGCGCCAUGCCCUGCCCACUGCUCCAGGUUGGAGAUUAUGUGUUUGCCAAAAUUGUGAUACCCGAAGGAUUUGACUUCUAUGUCCCUGCCAUUGUCAUAGCACUUCCCAAUCAGGAUGCAUCCUCAGAAAAAUUGUACACAGUUUUAAAGUGCAACAAUCGGAGAGAAUUUUGCCCUCGGAGUGCACUUAUUAAGAUCAGCCAAAACAAGUAUGCUCUCUCUUGCUCUCAUAUAAAAUCGCCCCCCGUUCAGGAGGAUCCAAAAAAGGGGGGCAUGGAGGGGAGGACCUCGGCUCCCCUACUCUGGAAACAAAAAGAAGCUGACACUGGGGACUUAAGAGAGCCAAAACAGGAGAACUCUAGAAAGAAGAAAAAGAAAUCUGCCAAAAGGCCACCUGUCCAGGAGAUAGUGUCCUCAGACUCAGACGACUCUUCCCAUGGAACCAGGUCCCACAAGUCCUAUCCUAAGACACACCCCAAGCGCAAGGUAGCAGGGGAGGAGACAUCACUUAUCUCCACAACACCCUGAAAUCUCUUUCAAGAAUAGUGCACGUGAGUUCAUUCCCCAGUUUCUGGGCAUAGCACAAACCCUAACACCGUUAAGUAAUGCUGACGUCCACUUCCCCAGAGAAGGCCCUCGGCCUGGGGUCUAGGAUCGGCCAGCCCUGCUGUCGCUGCCGCACCUCUACCUCGAGCAGCCCCUCCCCAUCGUCCCUGAGCCACCCACAGCAGCAAAGGGCUGAGGACCGUCACUGAGAAAUCUUAAAGUGGUCUAGUGGCAACUAUGCUCAAGAAAGCCCAUGUCCCUCCAGGGCUGCCCAGACCUCAGCUGCUCGACACUGUGGACCUGGCCCCUCUGCAGAGGUAAGGCCGCCCCGCAUUCCACUGGGCCUGCCCUGGGCGUAGCGAAGGUACAGCUCUCCUGUCAUCCCCCACCUGCUCUCCUGCCUGUUGGAGUUUAUUGGUUCUGGCUUUUCCUGAAUACAAAACUGUAUUCAGUCUUCUGGUAGACACUUCAUAUCCCAAAGUUUUAAUGUGACCGGUCACUGUCACAGGAUUUUCAAAUGUUUUGAAAAUCAGAGUAGUUAGGAUCCAAGUCUGAAGUCUUUUUUUUAAUUGAUUAUCUCAGCUGAAUUAGGGAUUUUGUCACUCAACAUUAAGACUGAAAUUAAGACCCGGUAACUUGUCUAAGAUCUGUGAGACUGGACAUUCCCUAUUUUAUUGAUUUCUGGGCAUUUUCAUUGAGCCCUUCCUAAUUAUUUUUGUCUGUAGUCUG